UAUGUAUUUGAUAAUCGACAUUUACCUGACCGAAGCAGACCGACAAUGAACUCUCUGAUAAGAUACCGUUAUUUUUCUCCCCAUUAAGAUAAACUAGUUUACAAUUUAAACAAACGCAUGCGGGAGGAUUUGAAGGUUAACCGUUAAAAUUACUGUCACUAUGUCAUCUGCACACGAUAUUGUUAAAGAGAAAUUUGGAACGACAAAAGAUGGAAAAGAUGUUUACAAGUUCACAUUGAAAGCAGGAAAAAUAUCAGUGAAUAUUCUUAACUUUGGCUGUGUAGUUAAAGAUAUUUUGGUACCUGAUCGAAAUGGAAAUGUAGUAGAUGUAUGCCUUGGGUAUGACAACUUUGAUGGAUAUGAAACGAAUCCAGCAUUUAUGGGCGCCAUAUGUGGUAGAGUAGCUAACCGUAUAGAUGGAGCGACAUUUGAACUUGACGGUUCUAAGUAUGAUGUUUCAAAGAAUGAUCCGCUAGGAAACAAUAUGUGUCAUGGGGGUUUCACAGGUCUAACACGGAGAUACUUUGAUUGGACAAUAAACGGUACAAAGCUCUGCCUCCAGUACGUUGACACGGAUGGUUCGGAAGGAUUUCCUGGAGAUGUAACUAUCACCGUGACGUAUGAACUAACUGAAGAGUCCGGUCUCAUGAUUGAUUACAAGGCAACAACUAACAAGCCCACACCUGUAGAUAUAUCAAACCAUUUCAUGGUUAACCUUUCCGGACAUGAUGGUGGAUAUAUUGGUGACCAUGUAGUGAAAAUGAAUGCAUCGCAAUAUCUGGAAUUCAAUGAAAAAUUUAUACCAACAGGAACGAUAACUAAUGUAUCAGGAACAAUGUAUGACCUUCAGAAACCAACAGUCCUUAACGAUGUUCUUGAUAAAAUGCCUGGCAAAGAUGGUCUCCACUUGGCAUAUAUCUUACCUGGAGCCAAAGGGGAGAAGAAAAUGGUUGCUAAGUAUGUUUUGUUAAGCUGAAUAUGUACUUUAAAUGCU